AAGUCCGACCGCCACACCCCUUGCUAGGGGAGGGAUUUUAACCCCGUGGCGUUGUGGAGGGAGUAGAGGGAGAGAGUGACAGUGACUCAAUCGGAAAAAGGAGUUGGGAGUCGGAGUCAGAACAGCAGGACAUCGCCCAUGCUGAAAUUGGACACCUCUUUAAUUCCAAGAUCAAGCAUCGAAACAUUAGAAUCGAAUGCACCGGUCGGAAUAACGGCGAAUGAAACAUCAUUUGGACAUGGACAUGUAGGCAACGUAACAACAGCAACUUAUCUGUCCAUACCAAAACCUAACCUUGACAAACCCAAACUAAUCCUCUCAGCGUCUGGCUUGGAUUAAGGAUUAGAUUGGACACUUCGUUGUGAUUCUUUGCUCUCACCCAACCAUGAAGAUGCAGGGAGGAGUAUGAGGAAAUAACAUUGUUUAGGAUUCCAAAUGUCAGCUACGAAGCAAGUUACCAUCACCCCCGAAAAACUGUGACAAGGGAAAUUACUAUUUCAGAUUCGCAGCACCAUCCUCUAAAGGAAGCACAAUGUUUACUGGUUCAACCAAGAAUCCAACCCCUAAAAUACCCCAGCCAGAGCGGCUGGAUGAGGUGUACUCCGCUUUAAGAAGAGGCCUGCAGUCAUACCUGCAGGUCCACCAGCUGGAGUUGGACAGCCUUGGGCAGCAGAUCAGAGAGAGCAGGAAGAACGGUCGUCUGGGGUCCCUGUAUGAGCUGGAUAAGCAAGUAAAGGCUAUAGAGAGAUUUAUGCGGCGCUUGGAGUUCCAUCUCAGCAAGGUAGAAGAGCUGUAUGAUGCGUACCGUAUGCAGCGACGGCUGAGGGAUGGGGCCAGUAAGAUGGUGACAGCAUUUAACUCUGCCUCAGGGAGCAAGGAGGCACGGGAAAGCCUGAGUGAAGCCAACAGGGGUUAUCGAGAAUACACCGAGCACAUGUGUUCCCUGGAGAGUGAACUGGAGAACCAGAUGGGAGAGUUUCACAUAAAGAUGAAAGGUCUGGUUGGCUAUGCAAGGUUGUGUGCAGGAGACCAAUAUGAGGUCCUGAUGCGGUAUGGCCGUCAGCGCUGGAGGAUGAAAGGUCGUGUGGAGGUCAGCAGUAAGCAGGUGUGGGACAGUGAGGACAAUGUCUUCCUACCUCUCAUCACCGAGCUCCUGUCAAUCAAGGUGACUGAGCUGAAGAGCCUGGCCAAUCACGUGGUGGUUGGCAGCGUGUCCUGUGAGACACUCGACCUGUUCUCUCCGCUUCCUCAGACAGUUGCUGUGGAUAUCAACGACCUAGGGACAGUCAAGCUGAACCUAGAGGUCACCUGGAGUCCAUUUGAUAAAGAUGACCAGACCUCGUCUAGUACUGUCUCCAAGCGGUUCUUGUCCAAUCAGAGUCCUCCAGACACUCCUUCCAUGAGGGAGCAGGUAUUUUAUUCCCUACUGAGGAGACAAGGAGAGUUGGAGAAUGGAACAGUUUGGUCAAACUCCUCUGAAUCAUCAGAUGAUUCUUCCAGCCCUGCCAUGGGACACGCACACAGGUUGAUGGCCAGUCACAGCCUACAGGCCACACCUACUAUCCAGAUCCCCUUCAGUCCCCGUCAAUCAAGCGUCUCCACCCCAUCCUUGUCAUCCAAUCAGGAGGAAGAGGAGGCAGAUGCUGCAGAGGGAUUUAGUGAGACAGACUCUGAGAUAUGUGCUCUGCCCAAUGGCCAUUUGAAAUGUUCUCGAUCCCUCACCAAUAUCAGUGAGAGAGCCAAAGACUGUGCAGCGACUGUCAGGUUGUCUGACCAACCAUUUGAAUCCUCUGAAACACCAGAAUCCCUACCCUGCACUAAGCAGGACAGGCCUGAAGCUCUGGACUUAAAUGCAUCUGGGGGCCCAGAGUCAUGUGGGUCGAUCCCAGUGGAUCAGGGUGACACUCCUUCAGCCUCAACACUUGAGGCCGACAAGCUCACGUCGGAGGCAGUGCUUCUGUCUGCAGACAGUGAACUGAUCGGGACGUACUCCGCGGAACACAGUCGGACACUCUCAUCUACCCAGCUACAUGAGCUAGGAAUUCCAGAAGAAGCAGGUUGUUCUCGCAGUCGGUCCUCCAGCUUUACUCAGGACGUUGAGACUGCCCUAGAGAGCUUUGAUUUUCUCAACUGCGCUGACCUUGAUGAUGAUGAGGAGGAGCAGGGUGAGGAGGAGCAGGGUGAGGAGGAGCAGGGUGAGGAGGAGCAGGGAGAGGAGGAGCAGGGAGAGGAGGAACCUGUGGGAGAGGAAUCUGGGGAGGAAGAACAGGAGGAGGAACAGGAAGAGGACGAAAAGGAGGAGGAGGAACAGAAACAAGAUGGAGAAUACGAGAUAAAGGGGUUAGCUGAGAGAGAUGACUUUGAGGACGAUGUUGUAGAAAUCAUUGUUGAGGCCCCUGAAGGCUUCCGGAAUGAGGACUGUCCUCCUUUAGAUGCUGAAUGCAGCUCUGAGGAUGAGAGUAGUGAACAGUUCCAGUUCUCCAGUGAGACAAAGGGCGAGGUGGAAGAGGAUGAAAGGAAAAAAGAGGAAGUGGAAGAAAACGAUGUGGAGCAGAAUACAGAGACGGGCCUCCCUGUGGCAGAUGGUCAUGCAGGCAAAGAGGCAUCCUGAGUUGAGGAACCCUGCCACUCCACACCCAACAGUAUGGCCACCACCCUUCUGUAACAUAAUGGAGACGCCCCUUUCCCAGACCAUCAGAUCCCAUCCUAAUUUUGCUCCCGAAGAGAUCCACAACAUUUCACCACUAUGAAGAGCUCUGCUCCUCAUCCAGACCAGACAAGCAAUUUCUGCCAUGGAGGUGGAGAUUGUGCAAAUAAACAGAAAUAUAUUUGACUGCCACUACUCUUGACUGACAAUAUACAUAACUAUUGUUGUCUCAGAAACCCACUAAUAGUCUCUUCAAUCAGAAAGUGCCUCAAGUUACAGGGAAGUGGAAUUAUCAACCAUGUAGACAUGAAGAAAAUGUACUUUUAUCACAAAACAAGGAGAAAUAUGGAUAUAGUAUAAAGAAGAGUUUUGAUACAUUGUUUAUUUUCAGGAUGGUUUACAGAUUGUGCACUAUAAAAAUACAAUUAUUUACUGUUUCAUAUAAAGAAAAUGUAAUGUUGAGCAAAGAUUUUGCCUGCUCUCAAAUGGUCAACAAUUGAUGAUAAAACUGUUGAAAAAUCUA